AUGUCGAUUGACCUCAACUGGGAGACGCUGACCACGGGGCCGGACGGCGAUGCGCUUGCCGAGAGCAUCAGAACGUUCAUCCACACCAAAUUCCAGACGGUGCCUUUGCCACGCUUCAUUAGAUCCGUGAAUGUGCAUGGAUUCGACUUUGGCACGAUUCCGCCAGAGCUGGAAUUAAAGGACAUUACAGACCCGCUGCCAGACUUUUACGAGCAAGAGCUGGAGGAUGAUGAGGAGUCGAGCGAAGAGAGCAGUGAGGAUGAGAGCGCUGCUGAGAGGGAGAGGAUUGCAGCCGCGGCGGCGCUGAUUGGAAACAGGAGGCGCGAGGAUGGCUUGAGGGGGCUGAAGAGCGAGAUGAUGGGCUUCAGCCCGAGCGUGAAUGCGCAUCUGGCGACGGGCACGCAGACGCCGUUGGCGGCGGUUGCGGGUGCUCAUCUGGGCGGCAGCUGGAUGGGCUCGACGGCGCCCAGUUCGGAGCCCACGCCGUAUCACAGCCGUGAGGCAUCGCUCAGCUCCCUGGAUAACCUGCAGGCGUUAGAUCCGACCUCGGGAUCGGGAUCGGGGUCUGGCAUGGCCAAGUCAGACGUAUCAAGCACUCUCGGCCCUCCGUCUCGGCCGUCAACCAGCCAUGGCCCCAUCAGCGGCUCAGCCGUCGAAGACGACGAGAGGCCCGAUCCCGACCAAGGCACGGCGUCUCCGCGGCGCGAGCCCCGGGUCGAGGACGUGCAGGCCGUGUUCCGGAUCCGCUACUCGGGCGACGUGCGGCUGAACCUGACGGCGGAGAUUUUGCUGGAUUACCCGAUGCCGAGCUUCGUGGGGAUUCCGCUCAAGCUGAAUAUCACGGGGCUGACGUUUGAUGGGGUGGGUGUUUUGGCGCAUAUACGGAAGAGGGUGCAUUUCUGCUUUUUGAAUCCGGAUGAUGCUUUGGCUGCGGUGGGACCGGAUGGAGGAGGGGAUGUGCAGACGACUAGCAAGAAGCAACCUGGAGGCAGGUUCGGUGGGCUGUUGCAGGAGAUUAAGGUCGAGAGCGAGAUUGGCGAGCGGGAGAGCGGGCGGCAGAGCCUGAAGAAUGUGGGCAAGGUGGAGAGAUUUGUGUUGGAGCAGGUGAGGAGGAUAUUCGAGGAGGAGUUUGUGUAUCCGAGUUUCUGGACGUUCCUGGUGUGA